AUGUCCAGUGAAGAUGACUCAACUCCUAUGUUCUUGACAUCCUCUGUGGAUAUGUCCGAAGAGGAGAAUGAGAUGCUCUAUGAUCUUUUAAAGAAAGGAUGUAGUGGUAGUAUUGAAGGAGAAGAGCAGGAUCAUCUUAAAUCCCUACUUCUUGAACAAACAAUUGAAGAUAGACAUAGAGCACAAUACAGAGCAAGACAUUCAAUUUAUCCAACACAGGAGGAAAAGAUGGCAUCCACAAUGGUACAGUUCUCAAAGUAUCACAUUGACUUUGGAUUGAAGGAGGCUGAGAAAUGCAAAGUUGGCCCAACACUCAAGGACAAGAUUCGUGUUAGCAAUAGGGGCAGUUCAAAGGUGUCGUUCAACUUUGUUAACUAUCCACCGACAUCCAGCAGCAUCAGACUGACUAUUACACCAUCGAGUGGCGUCAUCAAGAAGAACUCAUCACUAGACAUCUUUGUCGAGCUGGUCGUGCUGUGCACGACAAAGGUUCGCGAACUUAUCACUGUCGACAUAUCGAAUGGCUGCGGCAGUCACAUAUUCACCAUCAAGCUCGACUCAAAGAUGUCACAGGUGCUCGAUCACAACGAGAUUGAGAUGGGUCCAGUCAUUGGAGGUGGUGGCUACGGUGCCAUCUACAAAUCAAGGUGGCGUGGACUAUUCGUGGCUGUCAAAGUCAUCUCUGAGAUGAGUGAUGGUUCAGAGUUUGAGAAGGAGUUGGAAAUGCACAAAGAGCUCCUUCAUCAUCCAAAUGUUGUCCACUUCGUUGGCUUCUGUGUAUCACCAAAGUGUUUGGUAUUAGAGUAUGUCGAGGGAGGUAGUUUGGAAAGAUAUCUCCAGGAUUCACAGACAUAUCAGUUCAGCCCAGAGCUUAGACUAAAGAUGGCACAUGACAUUGCCAAGGGAAUGUGUUUCCUUCAUCAGAAUGAGAUUCUUCAUUUGGACCUUAAGCCUCAGAACUUCUUGGUCGUAUCACUCUCUCUUCAAGCUCCAGUUAACAUUAAGUUGGCAGACUUUGGCUUGGCAACAUCAUCAACUAGAUCAUUCUAUGGCGCAACUGUGGAGGGAUCAUUCCUUUAUAUGUCACCAGAGGUGUUUACACAGAAGAAGUUCUCAAGAGCAGCUGAUGUUUGGAGUUAUGGUGCAUGUCUCAUUGAGAUUCUGUCUGGAAAGCGUCCAUAUCAAGAGUACGAUGAGUUGGGAUACCUCGAGUUGGCACGUGUAAGAGAGGAGGGUCUUCCUCCAACCAUCCCCAGCGAAAUUGAGCCCGAGCUCAAGAAGUUGAUUGAAGCAUGUAUUCACAGGGAUCAUACCAGACGUCCAAGUUUCGAGAACAUCGUUCAAUUCCUCGAGAAGAAGGUUGAAGUAGCCGCAGCACAAUCUGGAUCACCGGACAAUCAUUUCUUCCAAGUUGGAUCACCAUUGACAUCAUCAGGAUCAUUCUUGGGUGGUAUGGUUGGAUCACCAAAGCAUUCAUUCCUUAACCCGUCAAAGUCAAGCAUGAGUCUGGUCAGCACUCGUCCAUCCACGCCAAAGCCGACUGUUCCACCCAGGUCAGCCUUUUCAAAGUCACAGGAACAAGUCGAUACCAAGACCAUGAGGGCAAUGACCGAGCUAUCAUUGGUAUCCGAUAAUACCAAUCAACAACGCGAAGCACCAAUCGCCCCUCUUCCACAACGCUCUGUAACAUUAUCAACACCAUCCACUUCAUCAUAUAUUCAACAACAAAAUAUACAGCCACCUCAACAACAACAACAACAGGCAUCACAGAAAUCGAACCAAACUACCACCGCCAUACCAAUUGCAUCCAGACCAUUGCCAGUUGUUCCCAAGAGAAUGGCAACGCCACCAACCUCACCAAACAAACCAUCCACUACUGAAUCCAACAUCAACCACAUCAUCACCAACCUCAACAAUAACAACAACAACCUCAACAACAACACAAUCUCAACAAAGACACCACCUAUUCCAAUCUCCAAGAACAAACUUAUGAACUCUUCCUCUUCCACCACCUCGAUACCAACGCCACACAGCCAUGCACCUCCAUUCCGCUCAACCUCUGCUUUUGAGUUCAAGGCAACAGUAUCAAAGGAAGAAUCAUCAAGCAAUAGCCCGACCCAUACCUCAACAAUCCAAGGCAAUGGAGGCAAUAGUGAUAUGAAGCUUGUGGAGUUGAGGACUCGAUCAAUCAGAGCACUCAGAGAUAUUUAUGUCUCAUCCCAAGACACGAUCAAGAUGUUUGCAGAGAUCAAGUCAAUGAGUGAAUGCAUAGAGCUGGGUCACAGGAUACGAGACUUCAAGAAACACAUCGAGGCUCUGUGUCUGGAGCACCUUGGAGUCAGCUGGGACGAGAUCUCUGAUUCAAGGAAGGCAUACAACAAGAAGACGCAUAUCUCCAACAUCCAGUCACCUCAUCCAUCACAUUUCGACGGACCAACCUUCAACAAGGUGCUCAUCCUCCGUGAUGCCGCCAUCGCUGUGGGUGAGUGCGCCCUUGACUCGGUCUACUACCUCAUGACACUACUCUCACCAUCGACGUUUGGAUCAGCCAGUCCACUAUCAUCUUCUCCAUCAUCAGGUUCCUUCCUUGGAGGCGAUCAAAGUUCAGCCAACAGAGCAGCAUUCAGCAUUGACAAGGAUGUCUUGUUAAAGAUUGCCAAGAUCACAAGGGAUCUUCAUCCACUUUGA